AUGUCUUUGGGAGGAAAAGCUGCUGAAAGAUUGAACGGGAAAGUUGUUUUCAUUACGGGUGCGUCUGCAGGUAUUGGUCAAGCCACUGCUUUAGAGUAUUUGGAUGCAUCGAAUGGAACUGUCAAACUGAUUCUGGGUGCUCGGAGACUAGAAAAGCUGGAAGCUGCUAAGGAACAACUGUUAAAGCGGUUCCCCGAAGCAAAGAUCCAUAUCGGUAAAUUGGAUGUCACCGACACCGAGAAGAUUCACCCCUUCUUGGACAAUUUGCCUGAGGAAUUCAAAGACAUUGAUAUUCUCAUCAACAAUGCUGGUAAAGCCCUUGGCUCAGACCCUGUGGGGACCAUUGAAAUUGACGAUAUCAAGGGUAUGAUGGACACCAAUGUCGUUGGUUUGAUUAACAUCACCCAAGCUGUGCUGCCUAUUUUCCAGAAGAAAAACUCUGGUGACAUUGUCAAUUUAGGGUCUGUUGCGGGCAGAGAGGCCUACCCAACCGGGUCUAUCUACUGUGCCACGAAGUUUGCCGUUCAAGCAUUCACAGAAAGUUUAAGAAAGGAACUGAUCAACACAAAGAUUAGAGUCAUGCUGAUUGCUCCAGGUAUUGUGGAAACCGAGUUUUCUCUUGUUAGAUACAAGGGGGACAAAACAAAGGCCAGCUCUGUCUAUGAAAACAACUCCCCACUGGAACCACAGGACGUUGCCGAUUUGAUCGUCUUUGCUACUUCGAGAAGAGCAAACACCGUUAUCGCUGACACUCUGAUCUUCCCAACCACCCAGGGCUCCCCCUACCACAUCUACAAGGAGCAGGCAUCCAAAUAA